AUGCCAGACCCGGGGGAAAAGAGCACCCCCAACCCGAAGACCGGGGGGACCCGACCCAUGGAAGCCCAAAAGGGAAAACCCGGGGGGAGCGACCGGGAAAAACCCCCCCAGAAAAGGGAGGCCGGAGGAAAAAAAAAAAGGGGAGGACAGCGGGGAAAAAAACCCGAAAAAAACGCCCCGGAAAAAGAAAAAAGGGCCCCGGGAAAAAGGGGGCAGCGACCCGAGAAAAAGGAGCACCCGAGAAAGAGCCAGGGAGGAAAAAAAGCGCACCCGAAAAAAGGGGGGCCCCGAAAAAAGAGCAGCGCCCCGGGAAAAGGAAGCCCCCCGGGAGAAAAAACCCCAGCCCCCGAGAAACGACCACCCCCCGGGAAAAGAGCGGGCCCCCGAAAAAAGACGCACGCCCCGGAAAAAGCGGACCCAAAAAAACGACGCAGGACCCGAAAAAGCAGGCCCCCAAAAGGGCAGCGACCCGAGAACGACGAGGCCCCGAGAAAAACGCAGCACCCGAAAAAACACCACACCCGGAAAAGGACGACCCGAGAAAAACCCGCAGGACCAAGAAAAAACGCAGCGACCCGAGAAAAAAAGCGCGACCCGAGAAGGGACGCCCCGGAAAAAAACAGCAGCACCCGAGAAAAGCCAGGACCCGAAAAAAGACGAGGACCCGGGGAAAAAGCGCGGGCGCCCCGAGAAAACCCCGGCGACCCGAGAAAGGAAAGGAGCGACCCGGAAAAACGAGCGACCCGAAAAACGCGCGCCCCGAGAAAAAGGCAGGGACCCGAAAAAACCGACGAGCGCCCCGAGAAACGAGCAGCCCCAGAAACGCCCAGGCCCAAACCAGAAAAACACCCACCCCAAAAAAACAGCGACCCGAGAAAAAACCACACCGGAAAAAAGGACCCUAGAACACCAGCGCCCCCAAAAACCAGCCCCCAAAAAGACGCACGACCCGAAAAAAGCCCCAGCGACCCGAGAAAAAGACGGGGCGACCCGAGAAAAGAGCAGACCCGAAAAAACCCGCGGACCCGAGAAGAGCCGGCCCCGAAAAAAGAGCAGGACCCGAGAAAAGGCCAGCGACCAGAGAAACGCGCGACCCGAAAAAAGCAGCGACCCGAGAAAGAGCACGACCGGAAAAAGGAAAGACGAGGACCCGAGAAAAAGGGGGACCCGAGAAAACGACGCACGACCCGGGGAAAAGCGAGCGCCCCAAAAAAGCGGACCCGGGCAAGCGACCCGGAAAGAAAAAAAAAGGCAGCGACCCGAGAAAAAGCACAAAACCGAGAAAAACGAGGACCCGAAAAGCGGGACCCAGAAAAUACGCACGACCAAAAACAAUUUCACACCCGGGGAAACGCCGGGGCCCCCGAAACGACCAGCGACCAGGAAAAAAGGGGCAGGCCCAGAAAAGCAGGGCCCGGAAAAGAGACACCAAAACCCACACCCGAAAAAGCCAGCCCCCAAAAACCACGACCAAAAAAAAAGCAACCCAAAAAUCCACCCCCCGAAAAAACCACGCCAAAACCCCACCCCCAAGAACGACCAGCGCCCCGAAAAAACAGCAACCCGAAAAAAGCGCGGACCCGAGAAAACCAGCGCCCCGAGAAAACCAGCACCCGAGAAAACGCAGCCCCGAAAAAGCACGCCCCGAGAAAGCCCAGCGACCCAAAAAAAGAGCAGGCCCCGAGAAAAGACGCGCGACCCGAGAAAACGCAGCGCCCCGGAAGAGCAGGGACCGGAAAAGGGCAGGACCCGGAAACACGAGGACCCGAGAAAGAGGGCCCCAACCGAAAAACACGAGGCCCCGGAAAACGACGCAGCGCCCCGGGGGAAAACGACGCAGCACCCGAGAAAAGGGGGGAAAAAAAAGAGCGCCCCGAACGAGGAGCGACCCGGAAAAAGACGAGGACCCAAAAAAAAACGGCCCCGGGGAAACGAGCACGCCGGGGCCCAAAGCGCCCCAGAAACGACGCAGCGACCCAGAAACGAGCAGACCGAGAAAAACGCAGCGACCCCGAGAAAAAAAGGCGCCCCGGGAAAGGGAAAACCCGAAAAAAGGCAAAACCCAAAAAGCGCCCCCGGGGGAAAAAGACGCAACCCAGAAAAAAGCGGGACCCGAGAAAAAAAACGCCAACCCGAAAAGAGAGCGCCCCAGAAAAACGCAGGACCAAAGAAAAAGAGCACCCGAGAAACGAGCAGCGCCCCGAAAAAAACGGCAGCGCCCCGGAAACGCCGGCCCCGAGAAAGACGCAGGACCCAGAACGAGCAGCGCCCCCGAAAAAAAAAGGCACCCCCGGAAAAAGACGCAGCCCCCCGAGAAAACGCAGGACCCGAAAAAGACGAGGACCCGAAAGCCCCGCGCCCCAAAAAAACCACACCCGAAAACAACACCCAAAACACCACGACCUGAGAAACGACGCAGCGACCCGAGAAACGAAACAGCGACCCGAGAAAAGGACGCAGCGACCCGAGGUAAUAAACGCUAGCUACCCUGGGACAGACGCAGCGAUCCCAGAAACGACCAGGGACCCGAGAAGAACGACGCAGCGACCCGAUAAAUACGCAGCUACCCGAGAAACUGAGCAGAUACCCGAGAAAACGCAGCGACCCGAGAGAAAAGACGCAGCGAGCCGAGAAAAUGACUAA